AUGAAUAAAAAUGUAGGAAUAAGAAAUGAUGCUUAUCAACAACAGAUUAUCGAAUGCUUUGAAGAUGUAUGAAAUCAGAUUGAAGUAAUAUAGGUGAUUAAUCAAUUUACUAGUGUUCAUUCAACAAAAUGGACUGUUAUUUGGAUUCACUUGUAAAUGAUACUUCUGAUUCAUUGAAUCUAAAUACAUUUUAAAAACAACAUUUUAUACCCAUAUUAUUGAACACUCCUUUAAUUAAAAUUGAGAAUUCAAACUUUGCUUAAUCAUUAUGCUAAGACAUAUAAUCAGUAAUCAAACUUAAUACUAACAAUUAAAUUAAACCCAAAGAACAAUCAUUAAAUUAAACUAAUCAAUUAAAUCUCAAACCAUUCACUUAUCAAUUAAUCCCAAAAUAUUCAAUUUCAUAAACUGAAUCCUGUUGUACAAUAGCUAUUAAUGAAGAUUGUUCAAUAUUAUUAGCUGGAUGUGAGAGUCAAAUAAAGGUAUUUGAAUUCAAGUUAGGAAUCACCAAACAAACUUAAAAUUUAAAUGAACAUGUUUAUUGUGUAAAUAACUUAAACUUCAUGAAGAAAUCAAAUUAGUUUUUUUCUGGGAGUUAUGAUAAUUCUAUAAUUCUAUGGGAAUUUAAUUAAAAUAAAUAAUGGAUUUCCUAAUACAAAUUAAAUGGACAUACUAGUUAUAUCGAUUGUCUAAUAUUAAAUAACAAUGAAGAUUUAAUUGUAUCAGGAAGCGGAGAUAAAACAAUUAAAUUUUGGAUGAAAAGGGAUGAAUGGUAGUGUUACUAAACAAAUAAAAAUCAUUCUGAUUCUGUAUUUGGUUUAAGCAUAAAUUGA